AUGACUCUCCUACAGGCCUGCGCUCUCCUCGUAUACAUUCCGCUCGUUUGCGCCUCGCUCCCGAGUCUCAACGAUACCAGUAUCAUCCAUACACUCGAUACCAGCGACUCCCCAUGCAGCAAUAGCACCAGAACCUUGUGGAACAUUCUCUUGAGCUGUGGCGUAACUCUUUUUGCAUGCACAUGGACUGCGAUCCAUACAAACAUUCCGGGCAUGGAGGAGGGCAGAGUCGCCAUUACCUCUCGUCGUCUGUUCCUCAUGGUGGCGGCGUUGAUCGCCCCAGAACUCAUGAUCACCUGGGCCACGCGGCAGUUUUUCAGCGCUCAAUGGACAAUGACCCAUGGGUUCUUCGCAUGGAUGGGUGGAUUUAUACUCUACGUUGAUGGAAAACCGCGAGCCACUCGUACUCCCGGUGAACUCCUGCGGUUUGUUCGUGACAGAUCGGUGGACAUGCCUAUUAUCUCGGAGGCAGAGAUAAAAGAUCGAAGUAAGGGCGAUGGAUUAUCGAAAGCAAUCGCCCUUCUUCAGCUGGCGUGGUUUGUCGUCCAGCUCGUCGCUCGCUACGGUCAGAACCUUCCAAAUACCCUGCUUGAAAUCGACACUCUGGCAGUAGCAGCUUUGACCUGCGUUGCAUAUGGCUUGUGGUGGAAGAAGCCCAAGGAUGUGGGAUGCCCUUACAUUAUUCAUUGGAAGGGAGCAGGAUCACCGAGACGCUUAACCUACGAGUAUAUGGCUCUGACUCGCCUGCAUUCUAGUGAGGCAGAUGAUACCUUGGUCCAACAAUUCGGCAUGUCUUUUGCAUAUAUCAUGCAUCCCUUCAUAAGUCUCAUGGGCGUUGCAUCCUUCAUUUCCCCCAGUGCUGCCCGUUCUCGUCGUGUUCCAUCUCUAGGUGGCUAUGACGGUGAGUAUCAUGGUUGGAUCGUACUCCUCUUCGGCUGUUUCAGUGGGAUGGUGUUUGGAGGGAUACAUUAUCUGGGCUGGAAUUACUUGUUCCAGAGACACGCAGAACACAUGUUAUGGCGUGCGGCUUCCCUUGGGAUAGCAUGUGCACCGGUACUUCUUUUUCUUGCUAUUGGGUGUCGUAUAUGGAUAGGCCCUCCAGGGAAUAUUGGCCAAGUGAUCAUGAUGCUCGUUACGAUCAUCAGCCCUUUUAUAUACAUUGUUGCACGCAUCAUAAUAAUUGUACUCAUGAUGCUGAGCUUACGAUCGCUGCCUCUUGGCGUAUAUGACACGGUAGCUUGGACCACGUUUAUUCCACAUUUCAAUAUGUAG